AUGAGGAGCAUGCUGCUGCUGCUGCUGGCCUUGCUGGCUGCCCUGGCUGCAGCAGGAGAAGGAAGAGGUGAAGGAACCACCGUGAAGCUCUGCGGCAGGGACUUCGUCCGAGCUGUUGUCUUCACCUGCGGAGGCUCUCGGUGGAAAAGGCACUUGACUGAUUAUCAUUACCUGUUUGAGGGUGACAAGCCCCUACUUUUCUCACAAGACACCAAGGGUUACACUGACCUCUCGACGUCCGCAGUGCAGAGGCUGGAGACAGAGGACACAGAGCUGCAGCCCAAGGCAGAGAGCAAAUCAUCUGCGCUCAAGAAGCGUGAAGCGGCCAAGCUGCUGACCACAUCCUGCUGCAGCAUCGGCUGCAGCGAGAGAGAGAUCAGUUCCCUCUGCUAG